AUGGGUACUCCAUCCUCAUUGCCCACAAACCCUAACCCCAGCCCCAGUCCGCCGCUCCCUCAGUCACCGCCACCACAAACACCGCUAUUACCUCAAUCGCCACCACCUCAGUCACCGCCACCACCCCCAAGCCAGAUACCACCUCUCAUUCCGCCGACUCCCCUUUCGCCGCAAACCGAACCGCAAAAUGAAACACCAAUUCUCGACACCCAUUCCCCAGAACCAGUGCCUGAGCCUGCGCCUACUCAAACGAAAACCAAAGGUAAAACUAAAAGGGCUGCAGGUAGACCCAAGGAAACCCCUGUCGGAAAACGAAAACGAGUACCCUCUGUUCCUUUCGACCUAAAUUCUCCACCUCAGCCGUCCUCUGAACCAGUCAGCAAAAGGACCAGGUCUUCCUCGCAAACCCCAACACCAGUGGUCCAAACACCAGUACCUCAGUCUCCCUUACACUCUCCAGCACCUGCAUCAUCUGCAGAUAAUAUCGAGGAGGAUUCGGGGUAUAAAAACAUUGAGUGGCAGCAAACUGUUUAUGACCCUGUUCAGUGCGGAAGGAUAUUGCACCUUUUGGGGUUAUUAUAG